UCCUCUUAUUUCUAUCGGUAAUCGACACACCACCACCACUCAAGCUCCCCCUCCCAUAGAGAGCGAGAGAGAGAGGAGAGAAAGAUUUUGCUUUGGGAGGUUUGGAUUUCAAAAUAUGCCUGCUGGAUUUUAUAUUCGAGGUUUUGUUUCUUAGCAAUCGGAAGGUUAUCGGAUUGGAUUUGGAGUUGAUCUGGCAAAUUUCAGGUUCUUUUCGCUGCUUAUCUAUCUCUGCAGCAUCUGCUUUUUUGUGUAGCCUGCUUUUCACUCUGGCCGCCACUGUGGGUUUAUCGUCUCACACCUUAAAGAAGGUGUGGGGGCAAAUUGGGGUUUCGAUUACUCCGAUUGCUCACUCACAAUCAAGGCGUUCUCAUGUUUGGAGAUGGUGUCGUAUGGUGCAAGGACUUUGGCUUGAUUAUGGCUAAUGCAGUUUAAUGUAAAUUUGCAAUUGUAGGCAGGACCUCCUAGGCUAUUAUCAAUGUAGAAGCUCUGUGGAAAACGUCUGGGAUAAUAGUCUGUCCCAGCCAGUCUUAUAUUGUUUUUACUUUAAAGAAUUUUGGCAUUCUGAAGAACGAGACAGCCUGGAUAAUUGUAGCAAGUAGAAUCAAGUUUUUGGGAUUAUUUGAAACAUAUUUGAGUAACACAUCAGUGUAAAUACUACAUGGAUAGAUUCUUUGCCAUGGGGAAGCUAAGAUGUUUUUCUAUCUUUACCAAGAAGAAUAAGGUUAAGAAUGAAUGCCCUUUAUCUGAUGCUGACUUGCAUGCAUUGCCUUCCAACAUGACUAAACUAAUUGAUCAUGAAGAUUCUAUUAAAGCAAAAGCUGCACCAGAUGUCUCUGCUACAGAAAUUAUAUCUAGGGUUUGUUCAACAGGGUCUGUUGUUGAUCAGCAUCAAUUGAAAUCUAUUAAGGAAUCAACCGAUCAGAAGGAUUCUAUGACAGUAAAAGCUGCAACAGCUCUAUUGACUGCAGAAGAUACAUCUAGAGUCAGUAUUUCGAAUGGGCCUAUUGUUGAUCAGGAUCAAACAAUAUCUGUGGUUGAUUUGGCAAAAACACAAUUAAAUGGUUUGGAGACAGAUUCUGAUUUAGUCUUGGUGCCAGAAAUAGUUGAAAUAUGCAGCGAGACACCUGUUGAGAUUGCUUAUGAAGGUGGCGAUGAGCAGGAAAUUCAUUCAUCGUCCAGAGAGCUCUCUGCCCAUGGAAGUCAGAGGAAUAUGGAUGAUACAGUGAGCCCCAAAGCCUUGAAGGAUACAAACACUAGUUCUUCUCAUGCACUAGAUUUGUUUCACAAUUCUGCUGAGGAUAUCUUUAUCAACCACGAGUGUCAUAAGCCUCUGUGUAGUGAGGAAAUACAGACUGGUCACCUUAGUGACCCUGGAGUUUAUAAAAUAGUUGAUUCACACUUGGGAUCCACGUCACCUGUUUAUAAGAGAUCUAACUCUGGGUCUGAGCUGGAAAUUAGGCAAUUAUGCCAGCUUGAAUCUGUUGGAAGAAUUUCAGAUAACCGCUCCACUUGCUUGCCAACAUCUAAUUCUUUUGAAGAUCUGCAACAUUUAGGUGAUAAUCAAAGAGGGCUUCACGGUAGUCUAAGUAGUCCUCACUCUGAAUUGACAUUUUGUAGUGCAGAUAAGGUAAUGCUGAAACGGAGAUCAUCCAGUAACGUUCUUCCUUCAAGAAAACGUAACUCUUGGUGGAAGAUAUUUUUAUGGAGUCAUCGGAACUUACAUAAAGGGGAACAAACUGAUCAAAGUUCCUUGCUUCGUAAAAAUGAGGAAUUAUGUCAAGCCGUAAACAGAAAGGAGGGUUACUCAUCAGAUACUCUUGAUGUCUGCAGAAAUUUGCAUCAGACUAAGCAAGGACAAGAUAAAGGCAAAAUGAAAUCUGCAGAGGACAAUUCCAUGUUGAAUGCUCUUAGUGAUGAGCAAAUUGCUUCAAAGGUUCAUGCUAGCAAGCACAUGGACUGGGAUCAUCCACCCAGAGUUCCUGGUUCUGGGUCUUACAGUCAAUGGGUAGCUUUUUCAGCUGAACAGUCCAAUAUGAGACGUGUGGAAGAGUGGGUCCGUAGUAUAGAUACAGCAGCUCUCUCUCUCAAGAAUGGGGAUGCUUUGGGAGCAAAUGAAAUUGCUGGGGAUGAAGGUACAUCAGGUGGCAAUUACAGUCUUGAGAUUUCAGAGGCUUUGGAGAAUUUAGACACCAGCGUUCAGGGUGCUAAUUCAUCCAAUGAAAUGGAGCUUGCCAAUAAUGUGAUUCGCUCACUAAAUGCUUUCUCAACUGUGGCACACAUUUCUGGUAUUGGUUUGAGUGUGAUACCAGCCCUUGCAGCAUUUGCUAGCCUUCGAACUAUAAAUUUAUCAGGGAACUAUAUAGUGCGCAUCACUCCAGGAUCUCUCCCGAGAACUCUUCAUACAUUGAACCUGUCUCGUAACAAAAUUGCUACUAUCGAAGGGCUUCGAGAUCUAACUCGUCUGCGUGUUCUUGAUCUCAGCUACAACAGGAUUUCAAGAAUUGGUCACGGACUGGCUACUUGUACCUUAAUAAAGGAGCUAUACCUGGCUGGUAACAAGAUAAGUGAUGUUGAAGGUCUACAUCGAUUAUUGAAGCUGACAGUGUUGGACAUAAGCUUCAACAAAAUCACAACAUUAAAAGCACUUGGUCAACUUGCAGCCAAUUACAGUUCGUUAUUGGCACUUAAUCUCUUGGGUAAUCCAGUUCAUACAAAUGUAGGUGAUGAGCCAAUUAGAAAAUCAUUACUAAGCCUCCUUCCUCACCUUGCAUAUUUGAACAAGCAACCAAUUAAGACAGUUUCUGCACGUGAAGCUGCCGUUGAUAGUGUUGCUAGAGCUGCUCUAGGUAAUGGGGGUAGGCAUUCUCGUAAUAAGCUUUCCAGGAGGGGAAAUAGUGCAUCUUCUAGUCACAGAACCGCUGCUAAUCCCCGAAGAGGAAACCGGGGCAGUGAAGGAUCAAGUCGCACCCAAGGCCGUCAAAGUAAGCCCAUACAUGAAAAGGGAAGUAAUAAACAGGAACAUGCACAUUCUAAAAGAGCCUCGCUUGCGUCAUCUUCACAUCAUCAGAAGCUGAAAAAUAAGGCUCCCAUGGCACAUCAAAGUCAUAUGCAUGUUAGCAGGAGUGAGGGAAGCUUGCAGGAUUUCAAGUUUCAAAAUUUUCCACUUCAUUAGGGGUUGCCUGGUGGAGUUGCAUUAGAUUUGUUGUGUUGAACUUUAGCUCAUUUGUUUCAUUCUAUAACGUUCCCCCGCAUCAUUGCCGCCUUCAUCAGAAGCUGCAAAAUAAUGUUUUCUUAGCACUUAAAAGUUGCAUGCACAUUAGCAGAAGUGAGGGAAACUUGCAUGAUUGUAGGUUUGAAAUUCUCCAAUUCAUUGAGGUUUGUCUGUUAGAGUUGCAUUCUAUUUGUUGUUUUGAACUUAAGGUUCAUUUGUUUGUUUCAUUUCUCCAUAUUGUAAUGUAGCAAGUUGAAUUUAUGGCUUUGGAAAUUGCAGCCAUCUGUUCUUUAAUGACAAUUCAUUGUUUGUGGAUAAUAGUUUUAUUCUUUAUCAAAAUACAUUCAAUUAAUAGUUUA